AUGUCGUACACGCCCGUCUCCAGCGCGACGCCGCCCGUGCCGCCUCCCAAACCAGGGAGCCACGAAGCCAGCGGCGUCAAUACGCCAGCUCUCCCCACAGCAGCAGAUGGUCGACAGCCACCUGCUACACAUGCGCCGCCGAGGCAGCAGGUCCCCGAUCCUGGAGAAGGGUGGUUGCCGCAGAUCCUCCAGGACAAGUCGAAACAAGAUAUUGCCGCCAUACUAGCCGACCAGAAACUACUCAAUGCCCUGACCAACGCGCCCCAGACCAUCCAUCCUAGCCUGUCGUCGUCCCACGAAACGCUACAACAAGCGCUCAACGACAACAUUACACUAGCGAACCACGUAUCGCAACUAUCGACGCAACUGUCCCACCAACGAGCCGCGACGCAGGCGCAGCUGCUCAGCACCCAUGCGCUGGAACGGACGUGGCGCGCCAAGGAGGCGGAGAUGGAUGAUGCGCUGGCCCCGUUCGCCCCGGCGCGGCUAUACCAGCAGCUGAGCCAAGGGGUCAACGAGCAGGGACAGGUGUGCUCGGCCAUGGAGGAGAGUUUUCUCGAGAGCGAGGAUGGGGAGCUGGCGGAGAGGGAGGUCGCGGACUGGGUGCGUCGGUACCGCGAGGCGCGGGUAGGAUUCUACCUGCGGAGCGAGAGAAAGGAACGGUGGGACGAGGGCCGUGUGGGCGGUUGGCGUUAA